GGUCCCACACUGAUAGGCUCAAGGUGGCAGACACAGAAGGCUGUAGUCUGAUUCACACCCACUGGCUGGGUGGAGAAAGCAGUAGCAGGGUGAAUCCAGACACUGGCACAUACACUCAGCCCUGCUGCACAGACAGAUUCCACUCAGCUCACUUUCUACACACUGCUUUGGUUUUCUUUCUGCCAGCAUGGUUGCAGUCAGGCUAAUCGCAAUUGGAUUAUACCUCCAGCUUUUUUUCUGUUAUGUCCUCUCUCAGACCUCCUUCAUGGACAGUGUCUUCCCAAUACCUGCAGCUUUUCCUUCUUUAGAACAGAAGAAACGAAGCAAUAAUAAAGGAUGCUGUCUCUUAAGUCCUCCCCCUCCACCAAUCUUCCCACCUCCGCCAUUCUUCAGAGAUCGCAGACACACAAUGUAUGACCUGGAUUAUACAAACUCACCUCUAGGGCAAAACCCAACAAUACCUAUAUGUGUACCAGGCCCAACGGGGCCAGAAGGCCCUCCAGGCCCACAGGGCCCACACGGUUUGCCGGGGACAACUGGACCAAAAGGAGAAAAAGGUGAAAUUGGCAGGCCGGGCAGAAAGGGCAGGACUGGUCCUCCUGGUGUUCCGGGAAUGCCAGGUCCUAUUGGACCAGGAGGAACAAUGGGACAGAAGGGUGAAAAGGGAGAUUCUACAUCGUUUGGCACACCUGGCUCAAGAGGACCAACGGGCCCCAAGGGUUUUCCUGGCAUUAAUGGAGAAAAGGGCAUAAAAGGAGAUCCAGGAGAAAUGGGUCCCAAAGGUGAACAGGGAUUUAUGGGUCUACCAGGAAUGCUUGGACAAAAAGGGGAAAUGGGCCCAAAAGGAGAGCCAGGGAUUCCUGGAAAUAGAGGGCCCACCGGGCGACCAGGCAAACGAGGAAAACAGGGAGACAAGGGUGUGACUGGUGCUAUAGGACUCAAGGGCCCCCCUGGUAGACCUGGUGCUAUUGGCCCAGCUGGGCCCCCAGGACCAGCUCAACUAAUUAAUGGACCAAAAGGAGAGAGAGGAGUUCCUGGUCCUCCAGGAAGAUGUCACUGCAAACACCUGCAGUCUGUGGUUCACCCUCAAGAAGAAGAGACGAUUAAUGGACACAACUAUGCCAAGAUAUUCCUGGUUAACACACAAGAGGAGCUGGACAGCUUGGAUAUUGAAAAUGCCUUGGCGUUUCGUAAGGACCUGAGAUCCCUUUAUUUUAGAGACUCAAAUGGGUGGCUGCCUAUUCAGACCACCACUGUUCUGGCUGAUGCCAGCAGCACCUGUGGAGAUGGAAUAGUUCAACAUGGAGAAGAAUGUGAUGAUGGAAACAAAAUUGUCACUGACAGCUGUAUAAAAUGCAAGCAUGCAUCUUGUGGAGAUGGCUACCGACAAGAGGGAGUAGAGGAAUGCGAUGGCAAAGAUUUUGGCUACCAGUCCUGCAGAACAUAUCUACCAGGAUCCUAUGGACACUUGCGAUGCACAUCUUAUUGCUACAUUGACUCCACACAGUGCCGAUACUUCACAUGAAGAGCCAGUGGAGAGAAACAGAAUACAUUUUGAUGUCACACAAACACUGGGUGCUAAUGUAAAAGAAAUUAAACACGACUGGCAAUAGACUAACCUUCAAGUAUGAGUGAAAGAGAAAAACCUGUUGCCGAUGGCUUAUUGAGAAUUGUCAUAAAUAUGUCUGACUGGAAGAAAUAGGACCACUGCAUCCUGUCUUAAUAAAACAUGUCAAUCAAUACUUGCCAGCACGAAUUGUUCCUAAUUUACCAUCAAAAUAGGAACUUUAAUAGGCGAACACCUAUGGCUGGAGCAGAGAAUCUCACUCUACAGGAAUAUUACAUUAACAAGACAACCUGACAAGAUUACCUCGACUUAGCACUGUUAACCGUGGAUAAUGAACUUGUAUGUUUUUUUCCUCUGUCGACUGUUAUAAAAUGAGCACCAAGCAUACCCUGACUGUGGCAUUUGCUGAAGAACAUUUAACCUCUGAAUAAUAAUGUGAAACUGGAUUGUACUGUACCUGCUAUGUUAAUUACAAAUGUAAUGUAUAGUCUGAAGUUCCUCUUGUGAAUCUUAUUGGUCUGGUGCACUGAAAUAAGCAGGAAAUUAAAUAAGAGGAAGAAGCCAAGGAGAGGGAUUUCUGGGAAAGAAGACUACAUAAGGAGCAGAUGCCUCACAGUCAUUUGUGGUCAAAGUGGACAAUAAUGAUGUAGACCAAAUGCUCUAGGUUGCUCCAGCAAGAAAGAAACCAAAACAUUGUGGAUGAUUCCUUAUGUUAUCGAAUCAAUGCCAAUGCAUGAAGCGGUAUUCAGGGGUACUAAAGCUGACGAAGCAGCAGUUCAAAUACAUUGAAGGAAAAAAAAAAUAUUUAGCUUGUAUAGUCUGAAAAAAAUGGUCCUAUAUAUGGCCAAAUGGUUGCUUUUCUGCCUCAUGUUUGGUAGGCCAUGAUAAUACCGAUUUCACCCCUAUUUCAUAUUCA